CUGUCGUAGUUUUUUGAAGUAUAGGUGGUUUAUUGCUUUUUACAACGUUGUAAUCGAAUAUUCUUGCAUAUUUCUUUUGAGGAAUGUCUCCUCUAUAUAACUUUGAGCUCGAUAUCGUGACUGCAGUUUCUUUCCUCUGCGUUUUAUCUGGAGUUGUAUUUCCAUCUUGCCAUGGUUGUUCUGCUGACGAGUGUCGCAUCAUCCUGUUUGAGGAACCGAUAGCAAAUAGGGCAAUUAAGGGGCAUGUGAUUAGGAGAAGUGAGGUCCUCAGUGAGGGGAGCUGUCGCACGAUGUGUUAUAUGGAGCCAAACUGUGUCUCCAUAAAUGUGAAACCUAUAGACGCAGGAAAGUACAACUGUGAGUUGAAUAACGCCACGGUUGAUGAAAGUAAAUUGACCUUCUUUAAAGAAGUGGAUGCUUACUACCUGGCGAUUGAGAAUCCCUGUAGUAGCAGCCCUUGUGUCAAUAACGGAACUUGCCAAGUUGGUUUCACCAGCAAAGGGUUUCGAUGUGUUUGUGUUCCCGGUUACGCUGGAGCAAACUGCAGUGUAUUAUCAAGAUCUUGCAGUGACUUAAAGAGGCUCGAUCCUAAAGCGAAAAGUGGAAUCUGUCUGAUAGAUCCUGAUGGUGAAGGAGGA